ACUGUAGGUGCCCAUAAAAUAGAAGAUUCUCAUUCUUCUCUUUACCAGCUUUCAAAACACAAAAAGGAAAAAAAAAACAUAUUUUUAAACUUCCACCAAUCUCUCUUAAGAUUUUGUUGGAUAGUGAGUGAGUUCAAUUAUAUUGAAACAGAUAAUAGUUGUUGAAAAGGACAUGACUAUAUAUCAUGUCCCACCCAAUCAAUGUUGUCAUGGGUUCAUUUGGUGAUAAGAGUAGUGGCUAAUGAGAAGAGAGGGAAAGGAACGAGAAAAUGUUGUGUAGAAAAAAAUUGAGUUGUAAGAAUACAGGAUCUGUGCCUGUGUGCCUUAAUGUUUAUGAUCUGACACCAAUUAACGGAUAUGCUUAUUGGCUUGGACUCGGAGUUUAUCAUUCUGGGGUUCAAGUUCAUGGUAUUGAGUAUGCUUUUGGGGCUCAUGAGUAUCCAACAACUGGAAUUUUUGAAGCAGAACCAAAACAGUGUGAUGGGUUUAGAUUUAGAAAGACAAUUUUGAUUGGGAAAACAGAUUUGGGUCCUCAAGAAGUGAGAGCAAUGAUGGAGGAGCUAGCAGAGGUAUAUAGAGGGAAUGCUUAUAAUUUGAUAACCAAGAACUGCAACCAUUUCUGCAACGAUGCUUGUCUUAGACUUACUGGCAAUCCCAUCCCAAGCUGGGUUAAUCGGCUUGCUCGAAUUGGCUUUCUAUGCAAUUGUGUUCUUCCUGCAAAUCUAAAUUCAACUAGAGUUCAGCAUCAUAAAAUUGAAGAUAAGGCUUGUGAAGGAGAGAAGAAAAAAUUGGCAAGUGAGUCCAACAGAUUCACACCUUCUAAUUCUUCAUCAUCUUCGUCAUCAUCACCUGUAGUUCGUGGUAGAAGUAGAAGCAGGCGCGCUCUUCCACCAUCUUCACCCUUGAUUCUCCGUUCUUCAUCUCCUUGAUGAUCUUAAAGAACUGAAUUUUUGAUUUCUUGAAAUUGUUCAAAGAAAACGAGGGGAAGCAAAAUCCUUAAAUUAUAGUUUUAUUUUUUUUCUUUUUCAUCAUUCUUUUCUUGGUUUUUUUGUGGUGCUAACAUAUUGUUGAAGGGAUUAUGCAGGCAUGCAGCGCAUAAUUGUAAAUGUGUAUGCUUUCAACUUUUUUGGCAAGUGAUGUUAUGUCUCUGCAGUAUUGCACAAAUCAACCUGUAGUAUCGCCUGAGAUAUGAAAUUAAUCAAGAGAUUUUGCUUGGUGCACAUUUUCAUGUUGGUAA